CAAGUGGAGCUUACUUCUGGUUCUGGGCAGGAAAAAGACGAAAACGGAGCUGUCCCCUCACCACAGGAAAUUCUUCGUUUAAUUGCGUUUAAGUACUUGCGGAAAGUUGAUCUAUCAACACCAGAAGAGUUUAACGGGUUUGUUCGCUACAUCGAAAAAGUGCGUAAAGCAUUAAUUGUUGAUGUUACUACUGGAAGUUUAAUAGUCAAGGUAGAAUGCAGCUCCCUUGAGAUCCUUGAAGGACUCUGGGAAGACUACCGCACAGGUAACCUCAAUAAAAUGGUACAGAAAUUCCUUGUGACAGAGGAAAUUCUCGAGGAAUUUGGUCUUGUUGAAGUAAAACUUACGACAACCAUCAAAAAAGAAGAAUACAGAGCUUGUCAAGAGCUUCUCUCGGAAAUUGCAGGUAUGUGUAUGGUAUCUCUCAAUCGGAACUUUAAUACUGAGAGUCAUGAUAUUUUC